AUGCGCCUCCAGGCGGACGCGCUUGUAAAGACAAUCUCCCAGCAGGCUGAUGCCGAGGCCUUUCGUAAGCAGGUGUGGAAUUUGUGGACAAAUUACCUUGCCAUCACCGGGGAAUUCGGUCCUCCAGCCUGGGCCCGGGCCUUUCAACGGAUUGCCAAGUCCCUGUGCAAAGAGCAGGCUAGCUAUCUA